CUUGAAAGGUCGUCAUCCGUUCUCCAGUUCCAUUGCGUUUGCGGCACCGUUUCCCUCUUCCUCUGCAAUCUCUCAGACGCAGACGUAACGGCACAAACCACAGACUCACGGAUGGGUAGAACAAAAUCAUUCAAGGAUGAGUUUACAUUCGAACAAAGGGUUGAAGAAUCACAGGACAUCAAGGCCAAGUACCCUGAUCGAGUACCCGUUACAACUGAAGAUUAUGUAUGGUUGAAAUUGAAGGGAAAAGAGAUGUUAUGGGAUCAUUCAUAUUCAUUAUUACUAACUAUCAGAUUUCUCUGGGUAAUGGUAUCACAGGUACUUGUGGAAAAGUAUUCCAGGACCGACCUUCCUCAGAUGGAAAAGAAAAAAUACCUUGUCCCCCGAGACAUGUCUGUCGGGCAAUUCAUUUACGUUCUGAGCAGCAGACUUCAUCUGGCCCAUGGAAAAGCUCUCUUUGUGUUUGUGAAGGAUACUUUGCCUCAAACAGCUAGUUUGAUGGACUCUGUCUAUGAAUCCUUCAAGGACGAGGAUGGAUUUCUCUACAUGUGUUAUAGCACUGAGAAAACCUUUGGGGGCCAUGCCAAUGUUCAGAGAUAUGAACAAUGAUUUCUCUUUCAUGGUUGUAAAUUCCUGCAAACUUGCUCUACCUUCCCACCUUGGCCUCACAUCUCUGUUUGGAAUGGAUCAUAACUUAUUCUUCAAAUAUUCAAAGUUUAGUUGUUAGUACAAGGAAUCUUUGGAUCUACCAUAUGAUAUGAACCACCUUUGGCUGCCCCUUUUUCUCUUAUUGUUCGUUAUGUUUGGAUAUUAUAAUAUCACAAAACGUUCCCUAAAGUUUACGAAACUAUCAGAUUGUAUCCUUAAUAA